UUCUGUCAAAUGCCAUGUUCGCGGAUCAUUUUGACAAAUUUUAAGUAUGAGCAGAACGAAAAAAGCGGAUACGGGGCAGGGGUGGGUCAAGAGUGUAGAAAAGGAAGCUAAAGUUAGGUCGGUGUGGUUUCGGAGGAACGAAGAACGCUUGAACGAGAUCGCUAACCAACCACCGACGAGACUCGUACCCGACGACGUGAAAGGGCUCGUCAAACAGCAACGUAUUUCGGCUUUCCGAAACGCUCGAAAAUACCCGCGCGUGAAAAAGGACGACUCGGCACCGCCCCCGUCCCACGGAGUCCCGCAGGGCGUCAUGAAACCCGUAGACCCAGCCACCACGAGACUGAUUUACGAGGGGAACAACAAAGACGGUAGGUCGAACUACCUCAAAGAACGCGUCAAACUGUUGCCCGAGGAGAGGUACUUUUUCCCUGAGGUGUCGAGCUUCGAAUACGGCUGGCGUAUGUGGGACAUGGUCGCGCAUACGGACAGGACCGGGUUUGGCAGGCGUCAAGUGAUUCGGGACUCGUUCUAUAGGAGACGCGGUCUCGCGAGGGAUCCCGAUUGGUACAAGGAACCCGCCCACAUUGGCGCUACAUUUUGUAACGUUUGCUCGUAAAAAACGCAUU